AACCUCAGUAAACGUACUCAAACUCCUUCAAGUAAAUUGUUAUUGUGGAAAAAGAGUGGCAAGGAAGGAAGUUUUCCCUAUCCCGCCAAUAACCCCAUUUGAAACAACCAAUUUCUACACAAACCACCAUUAAAAUUGCUCUUUCUCUGCGGAAAUGGCGCAAACUAACACACCAAUCAUACUCUCCGACGACGAAGACGAUAACAUCGCAAUGCCAAUUUAUAAUCAUCUUAAAAAAAGAGAUAUUAUUGUUGUCGAUGAUCCAACUCCUUCUAAACUCCAAAAAUCUGUAUCUUCAAUCGUAUCACUUGUCCCCGAAACCCCGCCUUCCGUACUAUCGAAACUCAAUGUUCCUUCUAUUGUCGGUUGUACCUCUAAUUUGCCAAUUCGUAAUUUAUCAGGUGAUGAUGUGUUAAUAUGUGUGGGAUCUGAUGAUGAAGUUGGAGGCUUUGAGAGUAGUAAGUGCUCGGAGAACACUAGAGCAUGUGCAGGUUUUAUUGUGGAGAAUGAGUUGAAAGGAAAUCUGGAAUGCAAUAUGAAGGAGAAGCCGUUGGAAAAUAAAGAGUUCGUACAAGAUAUUGAUUUAGAAAGUUGGUUGGACAUUGAGUCUACUUAUUUUCUUCAUAAGGAAGUGGUGGGUGGGGGAGGUUUUGGAAAAAGAAGUUUGCUUGAAGAUAAUGAAAGUUUACUUGAUUCUUAUUUAGAGAAUUUGCAAACAAGGUCUAAAUCAAUUGCAAAGGAGACUUGUCAAGAGGAGAAUGAAAAAUUAAAUUCUACCUCCCAUGUGGAGUACUUUAAUACAUGCCCUCCAAAUGUCCAAUCUACAUGUCAUCUUGGUCAGACAUAUAACAAGUCAUAUGAUAAUGCCUCCCAAGAAGAUGAUAUUAUAAUGCAACAUGUUCAAAAUCAUGAUGAUGUCAGGGAAAAUGUCAGACGGGAGAAAGGAUGUGUAGUCGGUAAACCAAAGCGUGGUGAUAAAGAUCGAGCUAUAGCAGAGAAAAAACAGAAGAAAGAAGAACAAGCAGCAAACAGGAAGAAACUAAUGGAGGAAAAAAGGCUCAAGAAGGAGCAAGAGAAAGCUGAAGUUGCUAGGCUUAAACAGUUGGAGAAAGAAAAGAAGAAGUUGGAGAAAUACAAACUCAGUGAGAAAGACAUUGUGGCAGAGAUUGAUCUGAAGGUUCUGUCAGGUUCACUUGGGGGACCACUUCUUACAAUGUUUGACGAGAAACGUCUUUGUCAUAACCUAACUUCCAAUCCUAUAGAAAAAUCAAUUGUUUGGAGAUUGACUCCUCCACAGGGAAUGUCUCAGUGCUAUGGUGGAAAAACAGAUAUUCAGUAUAUAUUGCUGAUAUAUGAUGAUGCUGAGGAAUUCUGCAAAAGUGCUAAUGAUGGAUCUCUAAUCAAUCAUAUUUCAUCCGUGCGAAAUCGUUAUCCAUCUUACACUAUUUGCUGCCUCACAAAUAGAUUGAUGUCUUUUAUUAAUAAAAGGGAACAGCAGAAGUAUAAAUACAAAAAAGAAGCAAUUAAUUGGCAGCGUCCACCAGUGGAACAACUGUUUGCUAAGUUAAGUACUCAGUUUACCAAUGUACAUACAAGACUAUGUGUUGAUGAAGCUGAGGUUGCUGAGCAUGUUGCUGGGUUGACAAUUAACCUUGCCAAAUGCCACUCAAGAAAGAAGCUGACACACCUAUCUGUGAAUGCCAAUGGAUGUAAUGUACCAAAAGACUGUGUGGACAGAGGACUCAUAAUGAAGAAUCCAUGGUUAAAGGCACUGGUUUCUAUUCCAAAAGUGCAACCUAGGUUUGCUAUUGCUAUAUGGAAGAAAUAUCCAACUCUAAAGUCUCUUUUACGUGUCUACAUGGAUCCAACGAAAACUGUGGAUGAGAAAGAAUCACUACUUGAGGACCUGCCACUUGAUGAUCUCGGCAGUCACAGAAGACUGGGUGAGAAAUGCUCGAAAAGAGUGUUCAGGAUACUCAUGGCUCAAAAUGGAGGUCUCAACACGGACGACACUGAACAUGGUGCUGAUUUUUUCCAGAAAUAGUGAUAUCAUUGUCUGUCUUGAGAUGAAGGAUGGGACAAGCUUUGAUGCUGAUAAAGGCUGAUGAGCCACCAUAUUAGCCCCACAACACCAACGAGAGCUUUCUACUUUUCCAUGAAGGUUAAACCAAACACUAAUGGGUGAUGCUUUCAUGAUUAUAUCCAUAUGGAGUGGCUUGUAGGGGCAACAUUUUUCAGCAGUUUGAUGUAUUGCCUCCAAUCUGUUGGUGUCCUCCACCUCUGCUUUCCGCCUUUCAAAAUGAUUUUCGUCCCAUCCACUUUCAGAUCCCUUUUAGCAUCAUUUAUCGACUUUUGCUUCCCCUUUGGUCCAAUAUUAGCUAUUUUCAUGUUCUCUUCACUAUCACUUCUGCGUUAUUCAACUAUGAAAAUGAUAAAUUUGUUCAUAUCAUAAAAGCCAAAGGCCAAAUGAUGGAAUCGCUAUUGUGAAUAUGCACAUUGUGGUCGCCAAUCAUAUUAGUUCUAUCAACCCCACGUAUCCGUUACCCACUUCUAAAAAAUCAUUUGUUAAUUGGUUUGACAUCUUAUUAUCUAGCAAAUUUUUCUUUUCAUUGAACCCACGCGUACCCAACUUCAAAAUUCUAUUUUAACCUUUCAAUAUUGCCUUCUGGCUUCUAUAUUAGUAAUAGUAGUAGUAGUAGCUUUUGCUUUUUUAUCUUAUCUUCCGCUCUAUAUAUACAUAAGCCAAUU